AUGUCUGAUGAUGAUCAGCACAUUACGCUUAGGAUUAAUAAUGCAGUAGGUGCUCAGGAUAUUUUCAUCUCAGCUAUUUAUGCUAAAUGCUCUACAUCAGAAAGAAAAUAUCUCUGGGAAAGUCUAGAACAAGAUAAUAUGAGGAUUAAUGGCCCUUGGUGUAUCGGAGGUGAUUUUAACAUGGUUUUGGAUCCUUCAGAGAAAAUGGGGGGUAACCCCCAUAGGAUGUCCAAAAGCUUACACUUUCAAAGUUACCUGGAUAAUUCUGGUUUAACUGAUAUUGGAUUCACUGGGUCAAACUUCACUUGGUGUAAUAAUAGGAGACCUAGAAAGAGGAUAUGGAAAAGAUUGGACAGGGUAUGUAUCAAUAACCAAUGGGACCAUCUCUUCCGGAACUGUUCGAUCAGGCAUCUGGCCAGAACUGGUUCUGACCACAGACCUCUGCUAAUGAAGUACCAGGACUCCAAUAUUUCCCAUGUUUCCUAUUUUAGGUUCUUAAAUUUCUGGGUCACUCAACCUGACUUCAUGGAUAUUGUUAAAGAAAGCUGGGUCUUGGAUAAAUUUGGGUUUUCCAAAGUGUGGUUAGAAAUUAUCUAUAACCUGAUUUCUGAGAAUUGGUACUCUGUGAUCAUAAAUGGUUCAAGAAAUGGUUUCUUCUCCUCAUCUCAAGGUUUAAAACAGGGGGGCCCUUUGUCCCCUUCUUUAUCCAUUCUUGCGGCAGAGGUUUUGUCCAGAUCUCUUAAUGAUAUUGCUAGUCAUAGAAAUUUCAUUCCUUUUACUAUGCCCUCUAAUUGCUCUACAAUAAAUCACCUUGCUUAUGCUGAUGACAUUGUCAUUUUUAGUAGUGGUAAAACUUCCUCUUUGAAACUCAUUAUGAACACUAUUAAUGAUUAUGAGAAUAGCUCUGGUCAGUUAGUGAAUGGGGAUAAAAGUUUCUUUUUUCCUUCCCCUAGAACUUCUGCUCAGAGGAUUAACAGAAUUAGAAACUGCACUAGUUUCAUGGACAAAAGCUACCCCUUCACUUACCUUGGAUGUCCCUUGCAUGUGGGAAGGAAAAAGUUGGAGUACUUUGACUAUAUGAUUAGUAAAGUGGUAAAAAGGCUUAAUGGUUGGCAUGGGGGUAUAGGUAUUAGAAGCAUGACUGAUAUCAGCAACACUUUAGCCAUGAAAAGAUGGUGGAGGUUUAGAACCUCUAAUUCUCUAUGGGAUAAUUUCAUCAAGAGUAAAUAUUGCAUUAGAGCUCAUGUAGUAGGUAAGAAGUGGGCAUCAGGUGACUCUCAUGCCUGGAAGCAUAUGACUCUGGUUAGAGAGGAAGCAGAAAAGCACAUGGUUUGGCAGGUAAAUUUUGGAUUUUGCUCAUUCUGGUGGGACAAUUGGACUUGUAAAGGCCCUCUAGCCCAUCUUGUCCCUAACACUGAUAAGAGCUCCAAGCUAUUAGUCAAGCACUUCAUCAGUCAAGGCAAGUGGGACACUAUAAAGCUCAAUGGGAUUCUCACCCCUCAAAUGAGUGACAGUAUCCGGAAAAUAGAAAUUGGCAACAUUGAUAAGGAAGAUCAGAUUUUUUGGGACCUCACAGAGAAUGGAAAAUAUUCCAACAAGUCGGCCUGGGAUCUGGUAAGAAAUAAAAAAGCUCUUCAGCCUUUAAUCAACAAGGUAUGGCACUCUUCUAUCCCUUUUAAGAUUUCAUUUUUAAUUUGGAGAAUUUGGAAAAAUAAGCUCCUCUUUGAGGAAGUCAUUAGUAGUUUUGGCAAGCAAAUGGAUUCCAAAUGUUACUGCUGUAACACAGCUAGUUACCAGACCAUGAACCACGUGUUCAGUCAAGGUACAGCAGCUAGUAAUAACUGGAAUCUCUUUGGUGCCCCUUUGGGAAUCAAACAUUCCCACCUCCCAAUUAGACAUAUCAUUAACUCUUGGUGGCAAGAGAAAGCUAAGAAUGAUGUUCAUAGACUUAUUUUAAAUAUUACUCCUAUUGUUAUAUGUUGGGCUCUUUGGAAGGAAACUUGUGCUUACAGGUAUGGCAACCAGAACAAAUUCAGUGGGUAUAAGCUUGAACAGCAGAUUAUGGUGAUCUGUUGGCAAAAACCAGAGCCGGGGGUAUACAAAUUGAACACAGACGGUAGUUACAACAAAAAUAAUAGGAAGGCUGGUCUAAGGGGAGCUCUUAGAGAUGCAAAUGGACAACUGAUCAUGGCAUUCUCAGUAGCAUAUCAGUGCAACAGUCAUAAUAUGGCAGAGGGGAGUUCCAUGUUUAACAAGAUUAUAGAAGACACUAGUGAAGAACUGCAGCAUUCUAAUGUCAAGUUCAUGCAUUGCUAUAGGGGGGCUAAUCAACUUGCAGAUUGGCUAGCAAAACAGGAAAUGAAGUCCAAUGACAACAACAUCUACUUAUCUGACCAGGAGCUACCAAAUAGAGCAAAAGGACCUUACAUCUUAGACAAAAGACAAGUUCCCUCCAUUAGGUCGAAAUUUGAUAAGGCUAAUUUCUUUGUUAGUUAG